AUGGCAAGUACAUCAAAAUGCCGUCUCGAUCCCAUCGACCUACAUGACGCGAGCCAAUUCAGCGAACUCCAAAGACAGCGCGUCUCCUGCGGAUGGGACUAUGACCCGGAAAUUCUAAAGACAUGGAAAAGGAAACAACAAGAAAAAAUCAAAAGGCUUUUUUGGAUUACGAUUAAUUUAACCGAUUCCGAUAAUGCUGCUGUCCGCGCCGGCCAUAUCUCCCUUAAUGCAAAUACAUCCUUUGAUCCGCCGGAGCUGCGGAAUCUUCCCCACGUGGAGGAAAAAUGCGUGCUUUCAAUAAGUACAUUUUACAUUCUGCCUAAAUACCGCUCUGGCGGUUUGGGACGACGGGCAAUGCAAAGGAUUGAGGAAAUCGCCGUUCAAGAACCGUACGGCAGCGCAAACUGCCGGUUUAUUGCCCUCAACGCCUUGAGCAAAAGACACAUGUAUGAUGAAGGGCAGGAAUGGAGGGGUAUUUGGGAGAGGAUGGGCAUGUCGCCGCCAUCAUUUAGCAUACAGGAGUGGUAUGAGACGCUUGGGUAUGUGAGCUGGAAGGAAGAGCAGCUACAUGAGCAGAAAGCGCUGGAUGGGGGUGUAGUCAAGCUAUGGGAGGCUUUUAUGAGAAAGGAGGUAUCAAAAUAA